AUGGCGCCUCCGUUUAAUGAAGCCCAGAUGGAAUAUCUGGAGAAGGGCUGGCAAUUCCGCUUCGACAACGAGCCCUACUUCUCCAACCGCGCAGCGCACGAGUCCGGCCGUCCCCGCGCGCAGGCCAAGACGCCCCGGCAGCUCGGGCUGCUCGAGGCCAGCUUCGCCGCGGACCACUACCCCACCACGACCCAGAUGAUCAUCCUAACACACCAGACUGGGGGCCUCCGGCCCAAGCCGGUCAAGGACUGGUUCGAGAGCCAGCGGCGCAAGCUCGAGCGCAACGGGGGGCUGCUGUUCACCAAGCGGGAUCGGGUGGGCAUGGAUGAGGCGGGUGGUGCGGCGCGGGCUGCGCGCAUGUGGAGACGGUAUGGGAAGGAGGGUGGGCGGUAUGCUAUGGACUUAUGGUUGGGGAGGAUGGGGGGAGGACGGAGGAGGAGUGGGAGCGGAAAUGGGGUGAGGGUGAGGGUGAGGGUGAGGGUGAAGAGGGGUGAAGAGGUGAGAGUAAGUAUCACCUCUAGGAAGAGGAGCAAACCGAAGGUGCAGGGUAUUCCACGCUGGCUCCUAGAGGGUCCCGAGGGCAGGGCAGGGUAG